GUCCGCCAAGUUGUAUCCUUCCUACGCCUAUAAAUAUAAAUCAGAGACGGUCUUCUCUUCUAUAUACGCCGAUUGGCCAUAUUCUUGGCCACAAAUCUGUGUUGGAGUUUCUCUUUUGCCAGAAUUUAAACAGAACAAAACAAAAAAUAGAGCUCUCGGUGUUCGAAAAGAGAAACAGAGCUCUCGCGUUUGUGUGUGUGAAGGCGUGACGAGUCUUCGAUCUGAAUUUUGUUUUUGUAUUCCUCUGCUCAGAAGUGUUAUAUAUACGCAGAUGAACCGUGUCCCAGACAUUGCCAUUAGCGUCCCUCUAGAUUUCGAACUGGAAGGCACAAGUGAAGAACGUUCUACAAAGGUGCAUAAAUAUAUAUGUUCCUUCAUCGCCAUGCUAGGCGGUUUCCUCCAAUUGAAGCAGGGAGCCAAAAAUGAGUCUUUGUUCAACACAAACUACCCGGCUAUGGUGUCCCUAAUCAUUGCGCUAACUGCUUAUAUCGGAUCGCUAAUUGGCUCUAGAAUACUCCACGUGCAAGCUCACCCUAAUUCAUAUUUGGCAGAAUCAAUCAUCAAUAAGAUUAGCCUCCUCCUUGGAAUUCUUGUCUUGAUUUUAGAAGUGGUGAUCCUUGUGCCAGGGUUAGGGCUAGUCGCUGGAUUCUUUUGGGUUGUUUGGUUUGUGAAGGUUGUUGUUGAGUACGCCUGUGAAUACCUCAAAACGUUGGAUGAAAAUGCAGUUGCAUCAGUUCUUCAUACAUUUGGAAAAUUGAAAGACUUUUUGAACAUGAUCAUCCGACAUUUCACAACAAAAUCCAAAGAAGAAACUGAUGAGCUUCCUCAAAUAACUUCUACCACGGUUUAGAUUUGGGUAUAGGUUUGUGUUAUUAUUUUUUACUCGUUAAUUUUUUAUCUUAUUUGUACUUGUUCAUGACCAAAAUUAGGAGUAGUUUCAAGUAUAGAAGAGCAGCUAGGAAGCUAGAUAUGGAUGUACUUACGCAUGAUGAGAUGAAGAAGAAGGGGUAGUACUGCUCAUAGCUACAAGAAGAGUCUCAACUGGUUGUAUCAUCAUAUUUAAUUAUUCAUAUAUCGUGUUGUAUAAGGUAAAAGCUCUUCCAGACGAAUAAGAAUCUAUUACGAGCGUUUAAAUCCAAAGCAAACCAAAAAGCAUUUUUAUUAUAUUAAUAAUGUUUUACGGAGCCG